AUAGUUUAACACAUGUUUUUGCUAUUUCCGUACUUCUUUUUUUCAAAGUUUACAUCGGCAGCGGGAACUAGUAAAUGAAAAGGUUGUCACGAAACACCAAACUUUGAAUUACGACUUUUAAAUUUAUUAAAAUGAGAAAUAGCAUUAGUUUAUAGCUUUAUAAAUAAAAAAAAUACAACAAAUAUAUUUAAUAUGGGUAAUGCAGCAACUGCAAAGAAAGGAGAUUCGGAAAAUGCUGUGAAAGCAUUUCUGAGUCAAGCUCAAGAAGAUUUUAAAAAAAAAUGGGAUAGUCCUUCACAUAACACAGCUGGCCUUGAUGAGUUUGAAAGAAUAAAGACACUUGGUACUGGAUCUUUUGGAAGAGUAAUGCUGGUUAAACAAAGAGAAAAUGGAAAAUAUUAUGCAAUGAAAAUAUUAGAUAAGCAAAAAGUUGUAAAAUUAAAACAAGUUGAACAUACAUUAAAUGAAAAGCGUAUUCUGCAAGCUAUAGAAUUUCCAUUUUUAGUAAAACUUGAGUGGCAUUUCAAGGAUAAUUCAAAUUUGUAUAUGGUUUUGGAAUUUGUUCCUGGUGGUGAAAUGUUUUCUCAUUUGAGGCGUAUUGGUAGAUUUAGUGAACCUCAUUCUCGAUUUUAUGCAGCACAAAUUGUCUUAGCAUUUGAAUAUCUACAUUCUCUUGAUCUUAUUUAUAGAGAUUUGAAACCAGAAAAUUUACUGAUCGACGAUAAAGGAUAUUUAAAGGUUACUGAUUUUGGAUUUGGUAAACGAGUUAAAGGAAGAACAUGGACUCUUUGUGGAACUCCAGAGUAUCUUGCUCCUGAAAUUAUUCUAAGCAAGGGUUAUAAUAGAGCAGUAGAUUGGUGGGCUCUUGGUGUUCUUAUCUAUGAAAUGGCUGCUGGUUAUCCUCCUUUCUUUGCUGACCAACCUAUUCAAAUUUAUGAAAAAAUCGUUUCUGGAAAGAUGCGAUGUCCCUCUCACUUCAGUCAGGAUCUUAAAGAUCUUUUAAAAAGUUUACUGCAAGUUGAUCUUACAAAGCGCUUUGGUAACUUAAAAAAUGGUGUAGCGGAUAUAAAAAACCACCGUUGGUUUUCUUCAACGGAUUGGAUUGCAAUUUAUCAGAAAAAAGUGGAUGCUCCAUUUAUUCCUCGUUGUAAAGGUCCUGGUGAUCCUUCGAAUUUCGAUGAUUAUGAGGAAGAAGCUCUGCGGAUCUCCAGUACUGAAAAAUGUGCUAAAGAAUUUGCAGAUUUUUAAAUGGUUUAUUUCCUACCAUUUAUAUAAGCUUGGCAUUAUUCGCUUUUGUAAACUUACUUCUAUGGUCAUGGUUUUUAAUUCUGUAUAUGUGUAAGCGAGCAGUGGCGAGUUAACGCUAAUUAUGCAAGUUAACUAAUGCUAACGUAAAAACGAUUUGCAUAUUUACUUCAGCGAGGUUUUCUUCAAUUAAAGGAAAUAAACUUUAGAGGUGUAGAAAAUGAAAUCUCAUCGGUGUCUUUCAGUUUAAAACUUGAAUA